AUGGUGAAGGUCGGAGUAAGCAGAUUUGGCCACAUUGGACACCUGGUCACCAGGGCUGCUUUUCACUCUGGCAAAGUGGAUGUUGUCGCCAUCAAUGAUCCCUUCAUUGACCUCAACUACAUGGUCUAUAUGUUCCAAUAUGAUUCCACCCAUGGCAAGUUCAAUGGCACUGUCAAGGCUGAGAAUGGGAAGCUGGUCAUCAAUGGGAAAGCCAUCACUAUCUUCCAGGAGCGAGAUCCCGCCAACAUUAAGUGGGGUGAUGCUGGUGCUGAGUAUGUUGUGGACUCCACUGAUGUCUUCACAACCAUGGAGCAGGCUGGGGCUCACUUGAAGGGUGGUGCCAAAUGGUUAAUCAUCUCUGCUCCUUCUGCCGAUGCCCUCAUGUUUGUGAUUGGUGUGAACCAUGAAAAGUAUGACAACUCUCUCAAGAUUGUCAGCAAUGCCUCCUGCACCACCAACUGCUUGGCUCCCCUGACCAAGGUCAUUCAUGACAACUUCAGCAUUGUAGAGGGCCUCAUGACCACAGUCCAUGCCAUCACUGCCACCCAGAAGCCUGUGGAUGACCCCUCUGGAAAGCUGUGGCGUGAUGGCCAUGGGGCUGCCCAGAACUUCAUUCCUGUAUCAACUGGUGCUGCCAAGGCCAUGGGCAAGGUCAUCCCUGAACUGAUUGGGAAACUUACUGGCAUGGCUUUCCGUGUCCCCACCCCCAAUGUGUCAGUCGUGGACCUGACCUGCCAUCUAGAGAAAGCUGCCAAAUAUGAUGACAUCAAGAAAGUAGUAAAGCAGGCAUCAGAAGGGCCCCGCAAGGGCAUCCUGAGAUACACUGAAGGCCAGGUUGUUUCCUGCGACUUUAACAGUGACACCCCCUCUUCCACCUUUGAUGCUGGGGCUGACAUUGCUCUGAACAACCACUUUGUCAAACUCAUUUCCUGGUAUGACAAUGAAUUUGGCAACAGCAACUGGGUGUUUGACCUGAUGGUUCACAUGGCCUCCAAAGAAUAA